UUUCAGUCAGCCUGUUAGCAGUUGUUGUCAGCUUUUGUGGCCUGGCCUUGUUGGUUGUUUCACUUUUUGUCUUCUGGAAGUUGUGCUGGCCUUGCUGGAAGAGCAAACCUGUGACUUCCAAUGUCAGUACCCUUCCACAGAGCAUGUUAAGUGCUCCCACUGAAGUUUUUGAGACUGAAGAGAAAAAAGAGGUUAAAGAAAAUGGAGAACCAGCACUAAAAGCUAUUGAGCCUGCAAUAAAAAUCAGCCACACUUCCCCUGAUAUCCCAGCAGAAGUCCAAACUGCUUUAACAGAACAUUUAAUUAAACAUGCACGUGUGCAAAGACAAACUACUGAGCCUACAUCUUCAUCCCGACACAAUUCCUUCAGAAGACACCUACCAAGGCAAAUGCAGGUUUCCAGUGUUGAUUUUGGCAUGGGCACAGAACCCAUUUUACAAAGAGGAGAAACAACAACCAGCAUUGGGAGAAUAAAACCAGAGCUCUACAAACAGAAAUCAGUUGACUCUGAGGGCAACAAGAAAGAAGAUGUCAAAACCUGUGGGAAGCUUAACUUCACCCUCCAGUAUGAUUAUGAAAAUGAACUUCUAGUUGUUAAAAUUAUCAAAGCCUUAGAUCUCCCUGCUAAAGACUUCACAGGAACUUCUGACCCUUACGUGAAGAUGUAUCUUCUUCCAGAUAGGAAAAAGAAAUUUCAGACCCGUGUGCACAGAAAAACUUUAAAUCCUGUGUUUGAUGAAACUUUUCAGUUUCCUGUAGCAUAUGAUCAACUAAGCAACCGAAAACUACAUUUCACUGUGUAUGAUUUUGACAGAUUUUCUAGACAUGACAUGAUUGGUGAAGUGAUUUUUGAUAAUUUGUUUGAAGCCUCUGAUCUCUCCAGGGAAGCCACAGUAUGGAAAGAUAUUCAUUGUGCUACCACAGAAAGUAUAGACCUGGGUGAAAUCAUGUUUUCCCUUUGUUAUUUGCCAACUGCUGGACGUAUGACAUUGACAGUCAUCAAGUGCAGAAAUCUGAAAGCUAUGGAUAUCACCGGCUCAUCAGAUCCUUAUGUCAAAGUGUCUCUGAUGUGUGAGGGUCGAAGAUUAAAAAAGAGGAAAACGACUACAAAGAAAAACACUCUAAACCCUGUGUACAAUGAGGCCAUUAUUUUUGAUAUCCCUCCGGAGAAUGUGGACCAGGUCAGCCUCUCCAUUGCAGUCAUGGAUUAUGACAGGGUAGGACACAAUGAAGUCAUAGGAGUGUGUAGAACCGGACUGGACGCUGAGGGUCUUGGGCGAGACCACUGGAAUGAAAUGCUGGCCUAUCACCGAAAACCAAUAACACAUUGGCACCCCUUGCUGGAGUUACCUGGCCGGGCAACCAGUUUUGACAGUCAAGGAUCCUGUCCAUCUCCCAAACCACCUUCCACACCAUAAUGCUUUCAAAAUAAGACCAUUAUAAUAAGGACCCAGGACCGUGUACUCAUUAGAUCAAAAAAAAAAAAAAGUGGAAGAUUUGAUCUUAUUUAAAAUAUAUCCUGAUAAUGAACAAAUUAUGUGCAAUUUUUAUUUACCUUUUUUGUCUGUUUAUUAACUUUGGACAUCUUGAUGUAUUUUACUUGAAUACAAAUGGUCCUUACAUAAGGCUUUUUAUUCUUUGUGUCAUAUGCCAAUUAGCACAAAGAAUGUUUUCACUGAGUUGUAAAUUCUUUGCAUAAGUAAAGAAUACAUUUUUUGAAAAUAAUCCAUACUUAUCUAAAAUUAAAUAGUUAAUGCUGCUAUUGUAUAAAGAAGCACAUGUCGAAUAUGUAUGGUUUGGACUUUAUUAAAACUAUGUUCAUUUCUAGUUGUGCACAUGUUUCUAUAUACACUUUAAGGGAAAUUCUGAACUUUACUCACAACAUUAAAUCCUUGAAUAAUCAAAUUAAUAUUACUUAUCUGAUAAUAUAUUCUUUCAUUCUCAACAAAAUCUUUUCUUGGUGAAAUUUGGCUCUGCUAAACUCAAAACUUUUUCUUUCAAGCUUGUUCUUUAAUAUAUAGAGAAACAAAACUGUAAUUUGAAGAACUCUUUGAGUGUAAACUUAAGAAGUAAUAUUUAGUAGCUGGAAAAUGGAGAUUGAGCUAUUUGGGCUACUAUUUUCUAUUGUCUUAAAGUUACAUUAGUUCAAACAUCUGUAGCACUAUUUAACUCAUAUUUUAAAAAUUCUAUUACUCUUAAUCUCAAAUGUAGCAUUAGUAUUCCUAAGUGAAUAGAAUCAGAACUCAUGAGUCUUCAUAAGGUUCUCAAGUACUGUGACAUGUUUAUUUUGUGACAUAAAGCUAUCACAUAGAUCCUGUAUUUCUGAUAGGCAUACUGACACCAAAGGUACAAUAAAUGUCUGUGCUCAUUGUGGUUUGGAUUGUACACAGUAAUGGUGACUUUUAAACUCAAACAGAAGUAAUUUUUAGAAGUGGGUAUUUUCUUAAAGAAAAAAAUGACAUUUUUCAGAAAAUUAUAAAACUAUACCAUAAAUAAUACAACUUGAACAUUUAAUAUAAAUAAAUAAUUCUUAAGGCCCAGACCCACAGUCUUUUGUGAAAGGCAUUUGCCUUCAUAAGGAUCAAGGAUCAGGUCACUAGUCGUAAAAACUCUGCAAAUGUUUUUACAUGACAGAACUUUCCUUUAAAUCAUGUCAACUUUUUAUUGUCUUGUUUCUGGGCCCUAUUGGAAUAUAUCUAUAAUGAAUGGCCCCCAACCUUACUUUUGAGAUGUGUACCAUGGACAGUGCAUAUUUCAAACUUAU